AUGGUGAAGGAGAGUCCAAAAAGAGCAGUGGAUAAAGAACAUAAGAAUCCAGAUAAAAUUGUGAAUGAGAAUAAAGAAGAUGGUGGGAUAUAUGAGAAAAGUCCAGACGAAGAUGUGAAUAUGAAUAAGGAAGAUGGUGGAAAAUCUGAGAAGAGUCCAGACGGAACUACAAAUAUGAAUAAAGAAGAUGAUGGGAUAUGUCAGAAGAGUCGAAACGAAACUGCGAAUAUGAAUAAGGAAGAUGGUGAGAGAUCUGAGUACACGAACCUUCUUGCAGCCUCGACCUACACAUUACAAGAGGGAGAUCGUCCUUCUCGAUCGGGUUCCAUUUCUCUCUUCGACGUCGACGGCGGCGGCGAGGACGUUCGCUUAAAUCUGAUCCAACAUGUUGAAACCGCCGGAGUGUUCGAUAUCAGGUGGAGCCGCGGCGGGGCAGGAAGUUUCGGCAGCGGCGUGGCGCUUGCUCAGGCCGAUGCUGAUGGGUGCUUGAGAGUUUACGGGAUCGAACAGGCUGAAGAGAGAGGGCCUCAUCUGAGAGAAAUCUCAGGUGAAAAGAUCAGUUCAUCCAUGUGUCUUUGUCUGGAUUGGGAUUCGUCAUCAACAUCCAUUGCAAUUGGUCUAUCAGAUGGUUCUGUUUCAGUUGUUUCCUUCACUGAUUCCAAACUAGAAACAUUACAAGAAUGGAAGGCACAUGAUUUUGAGCUAUGGGCAACAUCCUUUGAUCUCCACAACGCUCAUUUGGUGUACACCGGUUCCGAUGAUUGCAAGUUCAGUUGCUGGGAUAUCCGGGAAAGUCCGCAAAAUCACGUUUUCAAGAAUUCCAAAUCUCAUUCCAUGGGAGUUUGCUGUAUUGCCCCAAACCCGAACAAUCCAUAUUCUGUAUUCACAGGAAGUUACGAUGAAAACCUUAGGGUAUGGGACAUGAGAUCGGUUUCGAGACCCGUGAACGAUGUUUCGGUGGGUCUUGGUGGAGGAGUGUGGAGAAUCAAACACCAUCCGUUGGUGGACGGCAUUGUUUUGGUGGCCUGUAUGCAUAAUGGGUUUGCUGUGGUGAAUGUCGGUAACGGAAAGGCCGAAGUAAUGGAGACUUACAAUAAGCACGGGUCUCUCGCUUAUGGAGCAGAUUGGCAAAGAGGAAAAGAUCGGAAGCUUGGUGUGGUGGCUACUUGCUCAUUCUAUGACCGGCUUCUUCGGCUAUGGAAACCAGAAACUGAUAUCUGCGGGUAAUUAACUAAGGUAUAUUUCUUUGAGGUAGCCAUUGGAGCAAAGCUUUUACCUUUCUAAACUUGAAGUUAUGAUGAUGAAAGGGUUGAGUUUUUGGAUACUGUUACUGGUUUGUUUGGAAUGAAUUCAAAUUGUUUCAAGAACCA